AUGUCUGGGCGUUCGUUGAGUUUCGUCAAGUAUUUUGGUCGAUGGUACAGUAACAAAACUGGCUGGGGACCGAAUCGAGAAUAUAAGAGAGGAAAAAUGUUUGUCGGGGUGGUGAGGCAUCCUCUGGUUUAUUAUGCGGUGUUCGACAAAAAGCCAGAAGAACACUAUGGUCUACAGGGUUACAACCAUCUCCUGCCAGCCAAGGGAAAAGUGUACGAUCGGAAACCUGUGAAGUUCCUUAUGUUGAAAGAUAAGAAGUAUGCAUGGUGCUCCUGUGGUUUUAGUCAUAACCAGCCGUUUUGUGAUGGAUCGCACAACAGGGAAUCGACCGACUGUCGUCCAGUACGCUACAUUCCGGAAAAAGAUGAAGAACGUUGGUUUUGCAACUGCAAGCAGACCAGCAAUCGGCCAUUCUGCGACGGUACUCACUCCAAACUUUCUACGACAUCUGUACUGCCUUCCUCCUAA